AUUUCAAGGGAUUAAGCACCACCAUUUUGGCUAUUAGAUCUCCAACAUUUGUUUCCUUUAUUUUCCUUUAGGAUAACGUACAUUUUUAUAGUAAUGGAGCGUGCCAGAUAUGUUGUCCCAGGCCACCUCCUAAAACAGGCGAUCCCGGUUCAAGUCCCGAACCAAGAUCGCCCCCACCCCGCUAAACCACUAUCUUCAACUCACCAUAAAGGGGGUGGUGUUACAAAGACUACCGAGCCUUUGCCGCGUUCUUCAAAUGUGAAAAAAGUACCCUCCUCCGAGUCAACGGGUGGACAUUGCGGCUACGGUGGCAAUGUUCGUGGGUCUGGUAAGGAUGUUGGCGAUGAUGACGUUGAUAAGAAAGCUACAAGCUAUAUUUUGAAGGUUAAAGAGCGAAUCAGGUUGGAAGAACUGAAAAUUUUGAAUGAAAAGAAGUGAAAUUUGGUGUGUAAGCUACAAUAAGGACUCAAUAAGUAUAUUUAUAGACUAUAUAACGGGUCUCGUCCCUAUUUCACAAGGGGGUGAUUUUCUUCCGAUUCCAAUGGUUGCAUCACUAAUGAAUUGUGUAUAAAAGUGAUGAUCCAUUUCUGUUGAAGCAUUUGUCCCACACCGGAAAGCUAUAAAACAAUUAAACACUAUAUAAGGCUUUGGGCUACUCCUCCUAAUAGGUUGACCUUUUAGGAUGGAACCCCGGGUCUUAACAUGGUAUCAGAGCCAAUUCCGGUUGUGGUUUGACGGCUUGUUUAGCACCCAUGAUUAAGGGUAGCUUGUUAAGGGUUUGUUUGGCCCGUUUAUACACCCCGAUAUUGUCCAGCCCGGUUCGGGCUGAGGGGGCGUGUUGAAGCAUUUGUCCCACACCGGAAAGCUAUAAAACAAUUAAACACUAUAUAAGGCUUUGGGCUACUCCUCCUAAUAGGUUGACCUUUUAGGAUGGAACCCCGGGUCUUAACAAUUUCCUCUUUGUAUUGUAUUUCACGUUUCAAGUCUUCGGAUAUGCUACUCUCAUUAACCAAACGGGAUUGUCAUUAUCCUAUUAUAAUCCACCACAAUCUACAUCCCUAUGGCUAUACUCCGUAUAUAAAUAUACAAUACUACAUACUACGUAUAUUAUAUUAUGUCCAAUCGAUG